AUGGAGCGUGCCAGCGAGGACCCCACCACGUUUGUGGCCCGCUCUCUGCCCCGCGACCCCCGGCUCUUGGCCACCGUCACCAACGCCUACCUGGGCACACGCGUGUAUCAUGGUGUGCUGCAUGUGAGCGGCGUCUACAACGGGGCUCGCGGGGACGCACACCGGGCGGUGCUGCCCAGCCCCCUCGACGUGCAGCUGGGCGCCCCUGCAGGGGUGGAGGAGCCGCUGACCGAGACCUUCGCCCUGGACACCAACACAGGCUCCUUCCUGCACACCCUGGAGGGCCCCAGCUUCCAGGCCACCCAGCGCAUCUAUGCCCACCGCACACUGCCCCACGUCCUGGCCUUCAGCGUGUCCAUCGCCCGUGGGGCUCCAGGCGGCGGGCCCGUCACGGUGCAGCUGCACUCGGCCUUCUCCCCAGAAAGCCCAGACCUGGACCUGCAUCUGGGGCCCGACUUCCAGGGAGCCCGGUACCUGUAUGGCCACACGCUCACCCCUGAGCAGCCUGGGGGGUCCCGGCAGGAGGUGCAUAUGCUGUGGACACCAGUGCCCUCGGCCCUGACCCUGGGAGCUGGUGAGGAGGAUAGAACCUGGGACUUCCUGACCGUGGUAGGCAGCAACCAGGAGGAGGCCCGAGCCUGCCUCACUGAGGCCCUGCAGCUGCAGGCCCGGGGCGCCCUGUACACGGCGCACACACGGGCCUGGGCCCAGCUCUGGGCGCACUGCGGCCUGGACGUGGUGGGGCCUUUGCCCCUGCGCCAGGCCCUGCGUGGCUCCCUCUACUACCUGCUCAGUGCCCUGCCCCAGCCGCAGACCCCAGGAUACGUCUGCCAUGGCCUCAGCCCCGGGGGCCUCUCCAACGGGAGCCGAGGGGAAUGCUACUGGGGCCACAUCUUCUGGGACCAGGAUCUCUGGAUGUUCCCGAAUAUCCUGAUGUUCCACCCGGAAGCUGCCAGGGCCAUCCUGGAAUACCGCAUCCGGACACUGGGAGGGGCCCUGGAGAAUGCCCGGAACCUGGGCUACCAGGGGGCCAAGUUUGCCUGGGAAAGUGCAGUCUCCGGCCUGGAGGUCUGCCCUGAGGACAUUUACGGGGCCCAGGAGAUCCACAUCAAUGGAGCUGUGCUGUUGGCCUUUGAGCUGUACUACCAUGCCACCCAGGACCUGCAGCUCUUCCGCGAGGCUGGAGGCUGGGACGUGGUCAGCGCCGUGGCCAAGUUUUGGUGCAGCCGUGUAGAGUGGAGCUCCAGAGAGGAGAAAUACCAUCUGAGGGGAGUCAUGCCCCCCGACGAGUACCAUUCGGGAGUCAACAACUCGGUGUACACCAACGUCCUGGUCCAGAACAGCCUGCGCUUUGCCGCCGCCUUGGCCCAGGACCUGGGCCUGCCCGUUCCCCGCCAGUGGCUGGUGGUGGCCGAGAAGAUCAAGGUGCCCUUUGACCUGGAGCAGAACUUCCACCCUGAGUUCGAUGGGUAUGAGCCUGGGGAGGAGGUGAAGCAGGCUGACGUCGUGCUCCUGGGAUACCCCGUUCCCUUCUCCCUGAGUCCUGACGUGCGCAGGAGAAACCUGGAGAUUUAUGAGGCUGUGACGUCCCCCCAGGGUCCUGCCAUGACUUGGAGCAUGUUUGCCGUGGGCUGGAUGGAGCUGAAGGACGCGGCGCGGGCACAGAGCCUGCUGGACAGGAGCUUUGCCAACGUGGCCGAGCCCUUCAAGGUGUGGACGGAGAAUGCAGAUGGCUCGGGUGCCGUGAACUUCCUGACAGGCAUGGGGGGCUUUCUGCAGGCAGUGCUCUUUGGGUGCUCAGGAUUCAGGGUCACCCAGGCUGGUGUGACCUUUGACCCCAUGUGCCCGACUGGGGUCUCUGGAGUGUGCGUCUCUGGCAUCGCCUACCAAGAGAACAAACUCAACUUCUCCUUCUCGGAAGACUCAGUGACCGUGGAGGUCACAGCCCAGGCAGGGCCCUGGGCGCCCCCUCUGGAGGCUGAGCUGUGGCCAUCCCAGGUUCGACUCCCCCUGCCGCCAGGACACAAGGCCUCUUUUCCCCGCUCAGCUGGCCGGAUACAAAGGUCACCCCUGUAGCUGCCUGGACAUUCCAGCCAAAAGUUUCCUGGGAGGAUUUAUUGA